AUGCGAAAAUUAUUUGGAGUUACUCGUUUAAAACCAUUUAUAACAUUUGAAGAAGAAAAUAUUUAUUUUUUUCAUGACAGUCCACACUUAAUAAAGUCAGUGAGAAACAAUUUUAAAAAAUAUAACUUUUCUUGUGAUCAAGAAAAAUAUUCUUGGCAACAUAUAGUUACAUUCUAUAAUUUAGAUAAAGAUAAAAAGCCAAGGUUGGCUCCAAAACUAAAUAAAAUUCAUUUGGAACUUCCUCCUUUUUCUCCCAUGCGUGUUUGUUUAGCAACACAGACUUUAAGUCAUACUGUCAGCUCAGGAAUUAUGACACUUGUUGGAUUAAAUAAAAUGAGCAGUGAUUCAAUACAUACAGCAAAUUUUAUUAAGAUUUUUGAUGAUCUUUUUGAUACAUUUAAUAGUAUUACACAAAGUGAACCAAAAGUUUUGAGAAGGCCUCUUUCUAAAGAUUCGUGCCAUUGGGAAUUUUUGAAUAAAGCUGAUAAGUUUUUGUAUAAAUUAAAAAUUCACAAUAAAUCAGGAAAACAAUCGCCAUGUAUUACAGGCUGGCGAGAAAAUAUUAGUUCAUUAAAAUUGCUUUUUAAGGAACUAAAUGAAUGUUAUGAUGUAGAUUUUUUAUUGACUAGGCGACUUACCCAAGAUUGCGUAGAAAAUGUUUUUUCAGUUGUCAGAUCCAAAGGAGGAAAUAAUGUUAAUCCAGAUGCAUCAAAAUUUAAUUCUUCAAUGCGAAUGUUAAUUUGUAAUCAUUUAUUAACUCCAUCUUUCAAAGCAUGUGUCCUAGUAGCCUUGAAAAAGACUGUUUUGCCGGUAUGGCCAGGAGGUCCUAAGACGUUUGGCCGCCAAUUUGGCUGCAAGAGUCGAAAAUGUUGA